AGGGCAGGUGCGCGGGGUCCGCGGGGCGGUGGACGCGCACUGCAAGGGCCCGGGGUUUGGAACUUGCCUGCGUUCUCAUCAACGUCAACCUACCGGCUCCAGCCAGACUUCCACAGUUCAGCUUCUCCUUUAUCGGUACGGUUCAGACUUGCUAUACAAGCCUUUUUCUCUUUUGUGUGUUAUCUGUUAAGCGGAUUCAGUACCUCCAGGGAAGAUUACAAGAACCUUCCUUUGGGAAAAGUGUACCCUGGGGGAGUUGAUUUUACAUAGACAAUUUACCAAGUCUCUCUUUAAAGGGAUUUUACUUUUACGUUUGUUUCGUUGCUUCAGGGGAAGGAGUAAUACAUUUGCAGAUGAGAGUAGUUUGCCUUGCAAAGGAGAAAGCUAUGCAAAAUCUAGUGUAUAAAUUAGAUAUAGACAUUCAUCUUUUGUCAGUGUAUUAUUUAGUUUGAGAGUAUGUGGGCACCAGAGCAGCCCACUGAGUAAAUUAGCCAAGGCUCCCGACGUUGUUGAAGGGAGCCUUAAUCUUCAUUGUGUUACGAUAGUUAUUCAGUAUGUUUUGUUCUAGGAUCUCUUUUAGAUUUUCUUGGGUGUUACAAAGUUCAGAUUUAUACCCUCAGGGAUUUGCAAUCUAAGCUGAGUUUGGAGGAGUUAUAUCCUGGAGGGAGAACAGCUCCCUUGAAAGAAAGCACAGAGAAAGUUAAAGCUGCUAUGAUGUGUUUAAUAUAGAGGUUGAAAGAAAAUAGGAAGUUAUUCUGAGGCGACUUUGAGAAAGGGUGGAGAUGAAGUGGAGUGUCCUGAAGGACAGGCCGAAUCUUAGUUGAAUUGGCAUGUAGGUAUUUUUUGGUCACUUGAAUCAUAGUCUGAGAAUAUUUUCUGUAUAAUAAUCAGUCAAUAAUUAAUUGGAAGAAAUACAACCUUAGAAAUAUUUUUUUUAGAGGGCUGGAAAUAGCCCAUUUUUAAAGUUAAUAGAAAACUAAGUAAAAGCAUAAGUAUACUUCUUGUUCUUAUUCUUCCUCUUCAAGGAACCCAGGGCCUCUUGCUUUGCACAUUAAAUGCUAAGUAACCAUUUGUUGAUUGCAAGUCAGCUGCAGCUCUUCCACUUAAGGUAGAUUUCUGUUGAAUUGUUUCCCUGUCCACUUUUCUUGUUCCCACCAAAGUUCCCCUCCACUAAUGUCUUGAUCAUACUUUUCCGAAAUUGGUGAUUGUGAAGCAUCUCAGUGUCAAAGGAAUGCAAAGGCAUGAUAGUUAAUGGCCUAGUAAAUAUUAGCAUUUCCACUAUUGAGAAGCGUUAUGAAAUGAAGAGUUCCCUGACUGGCCUGAUUUCAUCAAGCUACGAUAUUUCAUUCUGUUUGUUGUCUUUAUUUGUAUCGUUCUUUGGUGAAAGAGGACACAAGCCGAGAUGGCUUGCAUUUGCAGCCUUUAUGAUAGGACUGGGAGCACUUGUAUUCUCAUUACCACAAUUUUUCAGUGGAGAAUAUCAAUUGGGGUCUCCCUUUGAAGACACCUGCAUAACAACAAGGAAUAGCACCAGUUGUACCUCUUCAACUUCUUCACUUUCUAACUACUUGUACGUCUUCAUCUUGGGACAACUAUUGCUGGGGGCAGGAGGAACUCCUCUCUAUACUCUGGGAACAGCGUUUCUUGAUGAUUCUGUGCCCACACACAAAUCUUCUCUCUAUAUAGGAACUGGUUACGCUAUGUCAAUCUUAGGCCCUGCUAUUGGCUAUGUAUUGGGAGGACAGCUGCUAACCAUGUACAUUGAUGUUGCUAUGGGUGAAAGUACUGAGGUCACUGAGGAUGAUCCACGGUGGUUGGGAGCUUGGUGGAUUGGAUUUAUUCUAUCAUGGAUCUUUGCUUGGUCUUUAAUAAUACCUUUUUCUUGCUUUCCAAAACAUUUACCAGGUACAGCAGAGAUUCAAGCUGGAAAAACCUCCCAGGCUCAUCAGAUUGGUAGUAAUAUAGAUGAGAAAUUUGGAAAAAGUAUUAAAGAUUUUCCAGCUGCUCUAAAGAAUUUGAUGAAGAAUGGUGUCUUUGUGUGUUUAGUUCUGUCAACUUCUUCAGAAGCCUUAAUUACUACUGGAUUUGCUACAUUUUUACCUAAAUUUAUAGAAAAUCAAUUUGGAUUGACACCCAGCUUUGCAGCUACUCUUGGAGGGGCUGUUUUAAUUCCUGGAGCUGCUCUCGGUCAAAUUUUAGGUGGUGUCCUUGUUUCAAAAUUCAAAAUGACAUGUAAAAACACAAUGAAGUUUGCAUUGUUCACAUCUGGAGUUGCACUUAUGCUGAGUUUUGUACUUAUUUAUGCCAAAUGUGAAAAUGAGCCCUUUGCUGGUGUAUCUGAAUCGUAUAAUGGGACUGGAGAAUUGGGCAACUUGGUAGCUUCCUGUAAUACCAAUUGUAACUGUUUGCAAUCAUAUUACUAUCCUGUCUGUGGAGAAGAUGGAGUCCAAUAUUUUUCUCCCUGCUUUGCAGGUUGUUCAGACUCAGUUUCACAUAGGAAACCAAAGGUAUAUUACAACUGUUCCUGUAUUGAGAGGAAAACGGAAAUCACAUCCACUGCAGAAACUUUUGGUUCUGAAGCUAAAGCUGGAAAAUGUGAAACUCAUUGUGCAAACCUGCCCAUAUUUCUUUGCAUUUUCUUUAUUAUAAUUAUUUUUACGUUUAUGGCUGGUACUCCUAUAACUGUGUCUAUCCUAAGGUGUGUUAAUCACAGGCAACGGUCCCUAGCCUUGGGAAUACAAUUUACACUCCUUCGAUUAUUGGGAACAAUACCUGGACCAAUUAUAUUUGGUAUCACGAUAGACAGCACAUGUAUUCUUUGGGAUAUAAAUGAUUGUGGAAUUAAAGGAGCUUGCUGGAUUUACAAUAACAUCAAGAUGGCCCAUAUGCUAGUAACCAUAAGUGUUACUUGUAAAGUUAUCACCAUUUUCUUCAAUGGAUUUGCAAUCUUUUUGUAUAAACCACCUCUGUCAGCCACAGAUGUGUCAUUUCACAAUCAGAAUGCAGUUGUGACUAAUGUUUUAGCAGAACAGGAUCUCAACAGAGUAGGAAAAGAAGGAUGAAAUGGAAAAACAGAAGACUGUUUACACCUGAAAAAUUUACCUCGAUUUUUAAGAACACACAUUGCCAUGGCAGCAUUAUUUAUCCAAUAUGGACAAUCAUAUUUAAAAAGUUGAUGUUUUUAUAAUCAGAUGUAUUUUUAUUUUACAUAAGUGGUUUUUGUUUCAUGCAAGAAACAGACAUGUGCCUUCAAAGCCCACCAAAAACCUCAAAACACACACACACACACACACACACACACUUAUUUCUCAUUCCCAUUCUCUAGGUAUGAAAUCCUCAAGUAAUAGCAAGAAAAAAGGCCCACAAUUAGUUAGAAAAAUUAACAUUAAAAAAAGUGAUGUUUCUAUCCCCAUUACAACUUGUUUAAUUUUAAUUUUCAUUGCCAAUAUUUUGAGCUUAGAAUGUUUAUGGUAUAAAAAUUUGAACUAAUGAAAGUUGUAUGAUGAAUUCUGGGAAUUAUUACUGAAAGCCUAUGAAUUUAAAACCAGGUUUAUUAUGUAAUUUGUUUUUAAACUAGUCUGGCCUUUCUUUCUCAAAGCAAGUUAUUGAACUGUUGGAAUAUGUUAGUUAUUUUCCCUGUGUCCUGGUAUAUAGUGAAUACAAAAACAUCAGCAUUGUACACACAUAUUUUCACUUUAACUAAAGAAUUCCAGGAAAUAAUUUAUUGAUAUUACAAUUUCUAACACUUUUAUGAUUCUGUGAUAGUAUUAUUCAAUUACACAUAUUUCAGAGGAAAGUACCAGUCAGUAAAGAAAAAUGCCAACUAAACAUGAAAGUAUUGAUCAAUACUUAUAUACCUAGUACUUUAAGUUUUCUUCUUUGAAAAGCGAAUCACUUAACACGUUACGCAUAGCACCUAAAACAGUGCCUUGCAUAUAGUAGUCAUUUAUUAUUGUUGUUUAAUUAAAACAUUAAGCCUUACCCCUUAACACAGCAGUCCCCAGCCUUUUUUGCAUCAGGGAACAUUUUUGUGGAAGACAAUUUUUCCAUGGGGGAAAGAGGGUACAGUUUUGAGAUAAAACUACUCCACCUCAGAAUUGGUUAGAUUCUCAUAAGGAGAGAGCAACCUAGAUCCCUCGUAUGUGCAGUUCACAAUGGGGUUUGCACUCUUAUGCAAAUCUAAUGCUGCUACUGAUCUGACAGGAGGUGGAGUUCAGGCCAUAAUGCUGGCUCACCUGCAGCUCGUUCACCUACUGUGUGGCCUGAUUCCUAACAGGCCACACACAGCCGAGAGUUGGGACCCCUGCUUUAACUGAUGCAUUGAUUUAAUAAAGUAUUUUGUAAGCCUGAUUAUGUUAUAACUCUAUUUAUUCAGGUCAGAUUUAUGCCAACUUUGCUGAGAAUAUGGAGGGUAUAGAUCAGUGAACAUCAACAAAUAUAACUUCUACCAUAGUUAAGAAUUUUACUUAUUAAGAAAAGUAUUGAAGUUCAAAUCCAGAUAUUAUUGCAUUUGAAAUUUUUAUAAGGGUUAUUCAUUUAAUGAAAUUCAUUAUCACAUUUCCCAUAUAAGUUUGUCUUAGGUUGGUUUUCCACAAGCAGUGUUUUAUACACACCAUAAUCAGGGUAACCCAAGCUUAGUGUUAGCUAGAUCUUGUAGGAAACCAGGGUUAGAAAUACUAGAAAUUUGCAGAAUUUAAGAAAUUAUGUUUUAUGAUAAUCUAUGGCCAAGGAUGAUAGAGCCUAGUGCAAUUGUAAAGUGAAAUUCAAGGAGAAGGAAAGAGAAGUUAGGCAGGCAAACAUGCUUGAAUAUUAGAGAAGGAGAGGAAUCAGAGAGACCUACUAAAACCAGACAGAUAUAAACACCAAAGACAGAGGCCAAAUAGCCAAAAAUCCAGAUAUUUGAGAAACAGGAAAUUUAUAGCAACCAAAGAAAUAGGGCAAGAUAGGCAGGGGAACACACGUGCUACCUCAAUUAACAAUCUCCCUCCCACCAAGCCAGAUUGUAAAUGCUGCUUCUUAUUAGAGUCCAGAAAAAAGGAAAGUCCAGGCUUUCUGUGUCCUAUAUGUGGAAGCAGGAAAUUGGAUUGAAGACUUUCAUAGUAAAAUUAUGGCAAAUCCUGAGGAACUCACUGAUAGAGAUGUGAAAUGACAGUAAGGAAGAAAACAGAAUAACUAUGCAAAUAUAUUAGUCUAGGGCUGCUUAAUUUAGAGGAAGAAAAAUAUCACCCAUCCAUAGGAAUAGUUUGAUAAACAGGUCACUAAGUAUUCAGAAUUUAUAAAGAUUCUUAGUUAUCAAGGGCUGUGUUGUAUUUUAUAUACUCAGUUUUAUAAGGUGAUAGUUUUUAAAUAAGCUUUUUAAUGAAAGUGGUUAAACUGAAAAUAAUUUUUGUACUUAAAGGGAGUCAGAAGCCUUUAUAUAUAAUGUAUAUAUUUUAAAAGAAUAUCUCCUUUAUAAUAGGGCUUUAUGGACACUACUGUAAUUUAUAAUAAUUGUUUUUCACUUUUGGGUUCAUCUUGAUCAUAUGAGUUGGUAUGAUACUUCUGGAACAAAUUAUUCAUAGUGUGUUUUUUAUAAUUUAUGAUUUUUAAGUAAGAUUGACUUAUAAGUUGACAUUGUAAUUUUGUACAUAAUUGGAUAUAUGUCUUAAAAUUUAACAUCUAAAUUUAUUUAAUUGUAAAAAAUACAAAUGUAAAACUUAUACAUGAAAAGAACUGUAUACAGUUGACUUUACUAUAUAAAUUGGAGGAAAACAAAGUUUUAAAUCCAUUUUCUUUAUUGUAAUGUAUGCAAAAUAUAUAUUCAUACCAUUUAUUAAAUCAUAAUGUUUAU